GAUAAGCGACGGGUCAGCUUUAAACCUCACUAACCUAGUGCUAGUGGGUAACCUGUGCUUGCACUCUAGGAUAUCGUGGACAUGUGUUUAUCUUUUUAAUCUUGCCGUAGCAUGUUCUCAGCAGGUUCUACCUCAGUGAUGUUCUAAGAGUCGAUCCCCGCCCACGGACGAACCAUGGAAUCGACGAACUGUGUUGAAGAUGGCAAGGGCCUCAUGAUGGAGACUGCUCCAUCGAAACAAUUGAAGGAUACUCCUACAGAAGGAGAGGGGAAAGAGGAUGACAUCAUGUUUAAGGGGGACGCUGAGGAAGAAGAGGGGGAGCACGAGGAGGAACGGUUAUCUUGGGGAACACGUUUCGAUUUCUUGCUGUCUACCAUCGGAUUUGCAGUUGACCUGGCCAAUGUCUGGAGGUUCCCCUAUCUGUGUUUCAAAAAUGGUGGAGGUGCUUUUCUCAUUCCCUACUUCACGAUGUUGGUGUGCGGUGCACUCCCUCUUUUCUUCCUCGAGUUGCUUUUGGGGCAAUAUCAGCAGACCGGGGUCAUCAGUAUAUGGAGGAUAGCACCAAUCUUCAAAGGACUUGGUUGGUGCGCUUGCCUUAUCAGUUUCUACGUAGCAUGGUACUACAACGUGGUAAUUGCCUGGUCAAUUUACUACUUCAUUCAGUCCUUCACGGGAACACCCUGGACUACAUGCGGCAACGAAUGGAACACAGACCAGUGCUGGGAUGCUUACGCCCCGAACACAACUGCAGGGAACUACACAGGAAACUUUACUGAGGUCUUGGAAGUCGCCACCAACGUCACCAACACCACACUGCGAAUAUCUCCAGCGGCUGAAUACUUUGAACGUCAUGUGCUGAAUUUAUACAAGAGUACAGGUAUUGGUGAUCUUGGCAGUCUAUCAGGGACUAUCACGGGUUGUACCCUACUGGUGUUUGUCAUACUUUACUUCAGUUUGUGGAAGGGCAUCAAGUCAAUGGGAAAGGCUGUUUGGGUAACUGCUACCAUGCCGUACAUCGUGCUACUGGUGCUUCUAAUCAGAGGCCUCAUGCUGGAGGGCGCAGUUGAAGGAAUCGCCUACUUUAUUGUGCCAAGAAUGGAAAGGUUACAUGAACAACAGGUGUGGAUCGAUGCGGCAGUGCAGAUAUUUUACUCGGUGGGAGCAGGGUUCGGCGUCCACAUAGCUUACUCGAGUUAUAACCCAAAAAAUAACAACUGCCACAGAGAUUGUAUCGUAGCGUGUUUAGUGAACAGUUUCACCAGUAUCUUCUCUGGCUUCGUGGUAUUUUCCUACCUUGGCUAUAUGGCAGCAUCCAAACAUAUGAAAAUCAAGGACGUGGUAGCAGAAGGUCCUGGUCUCGUGUUCGUGGUUUAUCCCGAGGCGAUCGCCACGAUACCUGGCUCGGUGUUCUGGGCUCUUCUCUUCUUCCUCAUGUUGCUCACCCUUGGCCUCGACAGCUCGUUCGGUGGUCUUGAAGCGAUCCUGACUGGCUUGAAGGAUGAGUUCAAGGACCUGUUUCAACGAUACAAGUGGAGUAGGGAGAUUGCAACAGCUAUCCUUUGCUUUGUCGCCUUCCUGUUCGCCUUGAUGAAUGCUUCGCACGGCGGGAUGUACAUGGUCACUCUGAUGGACACGUACAGUGCUGGCAUAUCUAUUUUGUUCGUCGCUCUCUCUCAGGCCAUAUGCGUCUCCUGGGUCUAUGGUAUGGACCAAUUUUGCGAAGAUGCGAAAUCGAUGCUCGGGUUUUACCCAGGAUUUUACUGGAGAUUUUGUUGGAAGUUUUUAAGUCCAAUAUUUUUGACGACGAUCGUGAUUUGGAGCUUGACGAGUCACAGCCACCUGACGCUGGACUUGUCAACAGGGACGUACACCUACCCGGAGUGGUCCGAUUCGAUCGCAUGGUUUCUAACUAGUUCAAGCCUUAUACUCAUACCAAUCUUUGCCAUCUACGCUGUUAUCACUGCCAAAGGAAACACAUUUCGACUGAAAAUAGCACACUGCAUCACACCUGUCAGUGAACACCCAGAUAUUGAGAAGGGCAUCAUAAAACGUUUCAAGUUAGCUCACUGGUUGUCAUUCGGUCCGAAGGAAGGUCUUAUACCUUGCGUCAGCUGCUGUGUCCGCUGUAGAGGCGAUGUUGGCGAUGAAACGGCACAUCCUAAUAUCACUGGCGAAGCUCAACAUAUGUCAUACGUGUAGUUAAAUUGCUUAUAUCUCAGUAACUUCUCCUGUAGCUGGGGUUAAUGUCGUUUAAUGCGCCACAUUUUUGCGACAAUUUUUUUGUCGGUCAUUGGAAACCGGAUGUGGCAACUAUACAUGUAUUUUGAUAAAUAUACAUUUAUAGUAUUUAGCAUUUAUGGCUGAUGCCAAAACAUGUUCAAGGGAUGUAUAUACAAGUUUUGGUCAACCUCAAGAAGAAAAAAAACGGAACUGAUGCCACCCUUAAAGUGAUACAAGGGGCCUUUUUCGUUCAGUACGUGUGCAUGCAACGACUCAUGAGGGGAGGGUAUUUGCCGGUGUUAAUUUGCAAACUUGGGGUCCAUUACGUCAUCGAGUGCGAACAGGUGUAUGGGUGUGUGUGUGGGGGGGGGGGAUAAUUAAGAUGUGGACAUUUUCUUCACGGUAACAUGUCACUAAAAGCUGCGUUCACACUGAAUACGUAUUGAUUGCGCAUUCCGGAAUACGUGCCCCGGAAUACGAAUCAACGUUCAGACCGAAUGCGUAUCGGGCGAUCCGAAUUCUGAUGCGAAUUCAAUACGGUGCGGGAACCGUUUUCGAUAAACCGAUUUGGCAUCGUUCCAAAACGAUUUCAGUCUGAACAGUUAAUACGAAUUCAGGUUUUAAUUCGUAUUCAAUUCGUAUUAAAACGCUAGUGUGAACACAGCUAUGAAAGAUAAGAGACGUACACUUUCCCUUUAUAAAAGUUUAUAUGAUUUCGAACCCUAUAGAAUGAUGUUUUGUAUAAAAAAACGCCUUUCAUUAAUUGUGUUUAUGAAGCAGCAUGACAUCAACUAUGCCUCUGACUGCAUACACCAUUGUCGAUCUGUUGAUCUUUUUGCGUGCGCACGUGUUUCUAUAGCGUACAAGGGAGGAAGGAGGAUUGAACAAGCAGAUAAUUGUGUGUAUAUGUAUACGUGCUAUAAACGGCCACUCACCGACCGAAAAGGAGACUUGCCGAUAAAACGAGAUUGUUGGGAAAAUGUUUAACUUUUUAUCUUGGCAAAGGAAGUUCCACCCAAACGUUAGAGAGUCUGGGAAGAGAUUGGAGGACUUGUCUCUUAUAUACAUAUGCGUCGUCGCCAUAUUGAAAUAUUACUCCGCGUCGCCACCACAUGACGAUUGUGACGAGUUCGCGCAGGUGGCAGAAUGAAUUGGUGAAAGUAGUUCGCUAAAAAUCAUCAAUGAGAUAUUUAUGUGGGGUUUUUUAUAUAUAUAUUUGCUCAUCGAUAUAACUCAGUGACAGAAAAAUGUUUGUGCUUUAUUUUAACCUUUGAA